CCCUGUUUCGCUUUUUUCUUGCUCACUCGCCCAAGCGUUGUUUUUGAAAUCAAUCAAUCAGGCAAAAAAUCAUAAGGGGAGCUCCAAGGUCGCAGAACGUAGGAAUGCAAGAUCGUGCACCAGUGGGUGUAGGAUGGAAAUCGUUUCGCUGGCGGGUAUCACUGUGGCCAGCUUGCGGCUGGGUGUGAAUAGAGAGCCUUUCAAGUGCGCUGGUGACCGCAGGGCACGGAGCUGGCCUCCGGAAGAAUGAUAGGGAUUCCUGGCUGCGUGCCCGGUGGGUCGCAGGGUUGUGGAGAACAGCGGAGAAGUAGCAGCGCGGCGGCACAGAAACUUUGCGAAGCGAUCCCGCUGGAUGAUGGGGGCGGCGAUGGGAAGGGGUGUACGACUGGCCGCUUGCGACGCUCUCUCUCACCUGCCUUUAUCGCAAUCACAUUUCUCGAAUGUCCCUCCUCCUCCUGCCCGUGCUUCGAUCCACUCUCGAUGACUUCCGGUGUCAUCAAAUCUGGGCCAAGAGCCCGUCCAUACAUUUCCACAGUGGAUUCCCGUGCGUGUCGGGCCUGUGCCACAGGAUCUGUAGGGCCCGAGUGGACCGCAGGAACUUUCCGGGAUCGUCCAGAGAGACGGACCCUCUCGCUCGCCUUCGGCGGUCGAUCCGCAGAGUUUAUCGAAGGUUUCAUACCACCUGGAACUGCUUAGCUUGAGGGGGGCGGAUUCUCUCCACGCGUGUUGGCUCUGGUCCGAUGGUGCCUCGGGCGGCCUCGGCACUCGACCGGUUCUCAAGUUGGAAGCCGAGGGUGGUCGUAACUCGCUUCCUCGAGACGCGGGGGCGGGGUUUCCGGCUUUUCAAUCUGCUUGGAUCGCCUCUUGAAGUAGAAGCCCGACGACACAUAGGCAACUCUAACUCGAUCUGCCCGCCGCAUAAUUACGCACGCAGUCAAUUGAGUCGCCCGUCCGUUACCUUGUGCGGCGGAGAAAUUCACCCUGAAAACGGAGUGCAUUGUGCGACUAACAACAUUGGAUCCUAGGUUUAGCGCGCCCGCUCUUACUUUUGAUGAAGACUUUCCUGUUGUUUCUCGACGCUGAAUUCUCCACCAUGAGCUCUGCCAACCCCACCUCACUGCUCCCAAUCGCCGAAAAUGAUGAGACAGCGAUCCUCCUCUCUCAUCAUGAAUUCAAAAAGCCUCGCACUACGUCAUCUGUCGUGCGGCCCUAUCUCGAGCUCAUCAGAUUUGAAAAGCCAACGGGGACUAUACUCAUGUUCUGGCCAUUCGCCUGGGGUUUGACGAUGGCGGCAUAUCGCACCGGCCUCCCCCUUACAGAUUUCCUCCACGGCCUGGGAAGAGCGCUCGUCGGCGCCUUCCUCCUGCGCAGUUCGGCCUGCACGGUGAACGACAUUCUCGACCGUGACAUGGACGCCGGUGUCGAACGAACAAGAAAUCGACCGUUGCCUAGCGGGGCGAUCUCACCUUCAGCAGCGACCGUUUAUCUGUUUGUGCAGUAUGGGCUGGGCUGUGCUUUCUUCUGGUACACCGAGACGGGACUUGCUUUCUGGAUUGCCCUGUUUCAACUCAUCCCACUAUUCGCUGUCUACCCGUUAUUGAAACGCAUCACUCAUUGGCCGCAAGCAUGGCUCGGAUUCGCGAUGAACUUUGGGUUCGUCACUGCGUGGAUCUCGGUAACCCAAAGUGCGGACCUAAGCGUCCUUCCGGCGGCUAUGGCUAGCUGUUGGUUCUGGACUAUGCUCUACGAUACAGUCUACGCCUGCCAAGACCUCAAAGACGAUGUGAAGGUCGGCGUCCGCUCCACCGCGCUCCUGUUCGGGACCUGGAUCCGCCCCCUGCUCGUCUCGUGCGGCGUGCUCUUCGUCGUCAUGCUUGCCUGCGCGGGCGUUCUCAACUCUCAAGGACCGAUGUUCUUCCUCGUCUCCGUCGGCGGCACGUGUGUGCAUCUGCUGUGGCAGUACUCGACGGUCGAUCUGGGCGUCCCGAAAAGUUGCUGGCUGAACUUCACCCGAAAUGGGCAUCUCGGGUGGAUUAUAUGGAGCGGGCUGGUGUUGGAUUACGUUCUUGCGUUGUACAGCACACAGUAAGCCCAGCGGACAUGGUAAAUAAAGUAUCUAAAUAUGUGCUGCUACUUAUUUUGAUUGCCA